CAAAUGUCAAUAGAUAGUUUGUGUGUCAUGUGAAACGCAUGGUGUCAUAAAUAUCAGUCACAUUUGUCCAACAGAAUUCACUUCUUGGUGGUUCACAAUGAACAGAUCUAAAUAGAAACGUAAUAUACUUCCUGGUCUGUGCGCCAGAGUGUCACAAUGGCGGUGUGGGCCAGGGUUGUGUUUUGGGUGGCCAGUCUGAGUCUCGCAGCGGGUGAGAGACAAAAUGUCGCCCUGAACAAAACAGCAUGGACGAGUACAACACGCCAACCUUCACAGCCUGCUGGUAAUGCUGUAGAUGGAGUGACUACUGCAAGCAGCGAGACGUUCUCAGUCCACACCAAGGUUGGUGAAUCUACAGCCUGGUGGAAGGUGGAUCUACAGACACAAGUACAGUCAGCACAGGUUAAAAUCUACUUCAGGAUAGACUACAAAAAACGUCGUAACGGCGUCCAGCUCUACACCUCUGUUUCGGAUUCAUCGGACCCAAAAGAAGGAAGUCUGUGUCACACAGUUACUGGACGUCCUGACGGUACAGACAUCCCUGACGUACUGAAUGUGACCUGUCCUGGAACGUGGCGCUACCUGACUGUCUACACGGAGACUAAUAAUGAUGGAGAUGGUGCUGUCUUGGACUUUGUCGAGGUACAGGUGUGGACAUGUACCUCGGAGAAAUACGGCCCUAACUGUGCCAUAGACUGCAGUUCCCGAUAUUGUAAGACAGCCUCGACUACUUGUGACGGAAGCACAGGAGCGUGUCCUGGUGGGUGUGAAGAUGGGUGGACAGAGAUAGACUGUUCCAGACCCUGUGUUGAUGGGAUGUAUGGACAAGGAUGUAACUACAGCUGCAGCAGCCGUCGCUGUAGUACGACGUCAACUAACAUUUGUAAUCACGUGACUGGGAAGUGUUCCGAUGGCUGUACCAGGGGUUUCAUGGGAGAUGACUGCUUACAAACCUGUGUCGAUGGGAUGUAUGGACGAGGAUGUAACUACAGCUGCAGCAGCCGUCGCUGUAGUACGACGUCAUCUAACAUUUGUAAUCACGUGACUGGGAAGUGUUCCGAUGGCUGUGCCUGGGGUUUCAUGGGAGAUGACUGCUUACAAUCCUGUGUCGAUGGGAUGUAUGGACAAGGAUGUAACUACAGCUGCAGCAGCCGUCGCUGUAGUACGACGUCAACUAACAUUUGUAAUCACGUGACUGGGAAGUGUUCCGAUGGCUGUGCCUGGGGUUUCAUGGGUGAUGACUGCUUCCAAACGUGCAGUUCGGGGAAAUAUGGCCCAAACUGUGCCCGAGACUGCAUGACCCGACAUUGUAAACCCCCCUCCUCUACAUGUGACGGGAACACAGGAAGGUGUCUUGAUGGAUGUGAUGCGGGUUGGACAGAGGUUGACUGCUCUGGAAGUAAGUCAGAUUAUGCCAUGUUUUUGGCCGUUUGAAAGUCCGUUCAUAAC